AUGUUCCCGGAUUUGAAAAGAGUGUCGGAGAGAACAGAGCGCAACUUAAAGCCCCCAGGGGUGUCUGGCUCUCGGGGUUUGAAGCUGGAGGCAGGGGGGGAUGGGGUGGGUGAGGUGGUGGGUUUGGGUGAAGGAGAAGGCUGGGGAACAGGCUUGGGAGAAGGCUUGGGACUGGGCUUUGGGCUAGGCUUGGGGCUAGGCUUUGGGCUAGGCUUGGGGCUCGGCUUGGGACUAGGGUUGGUACUAGGGUUGGGGCUAGGCGUGGGGCUCGGCUCGGGGCUCGGUUUGGGAACUGGUUUGGGGCUAGGCUUGGGGCUAGGCUUGGGACUAGGCUUGGGGCUAGGUUUGGGACUAGGCUUGGGGCUAGGCUUGGGGGGAGGCGCAGGAGCGUAG